AUGGCGGAACUGGCAGCGGCGGAAGGGCCGCCGCGGGGCCGCACACCCAGUCCGGGCCCCGGGGGAGUGCCGGGACCGCCCAGCCCUCGCUCGGCCGCGCCGGGUUUCUCCGGCGCUAUGCUGAGCCCGAGUCCCGCCGGUGCGGCCCGGCCGCCCUCCGCCUCCAAAUGGGUGCGGCUGAACGUGGGCGGAACGUACUUCGUGAGCACCCGACAGACGCUGUGCCGGGAGCCCAAGUCCUUCUUGUGCCGCCUCUGCUGCCAGGACGGGCCCGAGCUCGGCUCCGACAAGGAUGAGACAGGAGCGUAUCUCAUCGAUAGAGAUCCCACAUAUUUUGGUCCAAUACUGAACUACCUCCGACAUGGGAAGCUCAUCAUAAACAAGGAGCUCGCAGAAGAAGGGGUACUGGAAGAAGCUGAGUUUUACAACAUUGCGUCGCUUGUGCGGCUGGUGAAGGAGCGGAUACGGGAUAAUGAGAACAGAACCUCUCAAGGACCUGUGAAGCAUGUAUACAGAGUCCUUCAGUGCCAAGAGGAAGAGCUCACACAGAUGGUGUCCACCAUGUCUGAUGGGUGGAAAUUUGAACAGCUAAUCAGCAUUGGAUCUUCAUAUAACUAUGGAAAUGAAGACCAGGCAGAAUUCCUCUGUGUUGUGUCUAGGGAACUCAACAAUUCUACCAAUGGCAUUGUCAAAGAGCCCAGCGAGAAGGCAAAGAUUCUUCAAGAGCGAGGAUCUCGGAUGUAAUUCAAGUGUCCACUCCUCUAGAACUCCCAGAUGUCAAAAGGGCAAUCUAGUUGGACAGAGCAUGUCUCCACAAUGCAAACUUGCCCCUGUACAGUAACCAAGCUAAUGCAAAGCAAAGCCAAGCCUGUCCUGCCAGUUAUGAGUAAUUCUAGUCCUAACCAAAGGCUUUCCUUCUAUUCUGGAGAACAAGAAAGGACAAAACUCUUCCAGGUGGAUUUCAGUCCGUUCCACAAGUAUUUGUUUUAUUUUUUGGCCAGUGCUGUACUGAAUUUUUCCAACAACAGCUGUGCUGGAUUCCCAGUUGGAUUCUUUGCAAAGGUUGCUUAGGUCCACACAGCCUUGUGGUCAGUCCUACCUUACACAGGCUGCCAUGGGUGGAAAGGUGUGUUUGACCUGUGCCUAUGUCUACAACCAUCAGAACAGUGCAGAGAUCUUGCAGUGCUCCCUCCUGAUCAGCCAGUCCCCCACAGAUCAGAACAGGGCUUUAAAAGAAGGAGCAAAGAAGCUACUUGUAAAAAACAGUUUUUUUCAUUCUUGCUUUGUAUUUGUUCCUUGUACAAUUCCUAGGAGCUGAGCUUCGCUAAUAAGGGGAGCGGAGUUACACGUGCAUCUAACACAGGUCUUGCUGUUAGCACUAUCAUAUAUGGGCUCCUGGCGUUUUCCAAAGCCCAUUUCUUCUCAUGCAUGCAAACAGACCUGUGUUCACCUAGAACAGUGACAGAAUAAUGGUUCUGUCCUGUAUACCUCUCUGUUGAAGAAGAAUGGUGACAUCUUCCCCUUCGACACCUUGCCAUGACCAUAUAUCUUAGCCUGGUGCAAAAUCACAAGGUUAGGGACUUGUUCCAGCCAAGUUCAGCUUUGCCUUGUAUCCAGCAGCAUGGGCUCUGUCACCUGCCUUUUCACCAAGGGAGGACUGUGGGCAGAACUUCUUUUGUACUGUAGCAAGCAGGUAGGUUUGAUUUUACCCACGGGACUUGUUACAGAGGAGAUCCGCUAUUUACAUACAGUGAUUUAACUGCAUCUUCCCUCAUGUCCCCAACCUUUAAAGAGAUCAGCUCAAAUUACACAGGGGCAUCAAGAGCUGGGGGUGUGGGGCGUGUGAAAAGUUGCCAAACUGUUGUAAUAUAUUUUGUCCAAUGUGUCAACUUCUGUGACUUUUUUUGAAUGCCUUGGAUAGAUGUGCAAAAUGUUCGUUUGUGCCUCUCUUGAACUCUAAUCUUAGCCAAAUUGCAGUCACUGUUUCCUCUAUGUUAAGCUGUGCCAUCCCUAACCAAGGGCAUGUCCCUCCUAGUCUGGUAAAUGAAAUUUCUUAGGAAUUUGCUGCUGUGCAUUUUUCUCCUUUCGUCCCUGCUUUGUUCUUGUAGCCCACGUGUCCCGGCACUUAGUUUUUCUUGAGUCAAAUCCCAAACUAAUGCUACAUGCAAAGCUUUGGAGAUGUUGGAAUUUGCAGACAUGGAUGAGCACAGAGCAGAUGAUUCUCAAUAAGGUAUCAGAAAUUCCUCCCCUGGUUUGAGGAGUUUGGUUCUUUUACGGAAAAAGUCAGCUACCUGUGGUCUCCUUAUGGUGUUGAGAUGGAAAUAGGAAGGUCACCUGUUUUAUCACUUAUUGCUGGCAGGGCCUAAGGAUAGCAAAAUGUUACCAAAGGUCUGACAGCCAGUUCAGUAAACAAGGCGUACAGCAAAGGCACAGAGCAACACAGCUGCACUUGGCCUCUUGGUACAUACUCGUGCCUGUCCUUUUCCAUCCUUUGCCAAUGUUCCAUGCUUUCACUGGAGGCUUUGCCUCAUUCACAAGAAUUGCCAGUCAGUUAUCCAUGCCAGCUCAGUCCUGGUAACAACAGACCACGCCAAAUGUCUUUGAAUUCACAUUCUGUCAGUUACAGGCUGUUGAAACACAGCUGGCUUGCCAUUGUGCUGAAGAACCCAGCUCUCCUCCUUCCCUCCAUCUUCCCCAUUUAUAAUGUAGUGAGAUGGUAUUGGUGUGAUUAGACCAUACAGCUUGGCUGGGCCUAAAUAACACUGUGGUAUUAUAGAUAUCUCUCCUCUGCCAGUAUCUUGUAGUCUCAGUCAUUGUGCUCUCAGCUGAGAAAUCAAGAAGAAUCAUCGUAAUGCAAGUUAACAGCCUGAAAAGCCCUCUAAUUCUCAUAUUCAUUUAUGUUCUCUGCCUUCCUUGGAGGAGGGAGUUUCUGGAAACUGGAAGGAAAUACCAGACUGAAGGUGACAGGGACUGGGUGAGCUGCAUCUGUCACAUCGGCGCCAGCUGAACACCUCAAACUCACAGCAACACUAAUGAGCUCACCUGAAGGGAGACAUUUGGGGGUUGGACUCGAUGAUCUCUGGAGGUCCCUUCCAACCCCUACAAUUCUGUGAUUCUGUGAUUCUGGCCAGUAUAGUUCAACCAGGUAAAAGCAAUACCUUGUUCCAAAAUGCCAUACAUGGUGAAGCCCACGAGAGAUUGCCUCACGCAAAAGCGAUAGCAUCACUCCCUGCUGAGCCACAGAGAGCAAAAAAAAAAAACCACCACAAAAAAAACCACCAUCGUCAGCUGAGCAGAGCUGCUUUUUAACUCAUCCAUGUGAAAGACUAUCAAGGCUGCACCUUGGAUCUCCCCUCCACACUGCUCUCUGCAGCAAGGGCUUGUCAGUGUAUUCGAGUCUCCUUGGCUUCGGUUGCACAGGCCUUCAGUUCAACAGAGUUGACAUACAAAACCAGUCUGUUCCUGAAUAGCCCUUACUGUUGAAUGAUACUUAGGACAAGGCACAAAGAUCAUGAAGAUACGAUCCCAGGGGAGGAUUUCUUCUCCCCUGAUAGUGCUAAUGACCUGUACCCCAGACCAAGGGCCGCUCAGCAUGAUGUACCAGCUGCAUCUCUAUUUGCUCAGCACAGGGCUUUUCCUUCUGUUACCUUUUACUCACUCACAAUUAUAUCAAAACUAACAAUGAAGAUGAAAUUUGCCCCAUUGACUCUAAGGUAGUAUGCUGUGAGAAGGGGGAGAGGUACUGGAUAUCUAAGAGUGUUUGUACCUCUUGGGAGAGUUCACCUCAAAGCAUUAGUCCUGGGAAUGGAAAGUGUGACGUUUGGGUUUUGGUUUUUUUUUUUAGGUUUUUCCAGUGGCCUGGUUGUUCUAUUAUGGCAAGGCUGGAAAUAACCUUUUACAGUGUCUUUGUUUCUGCAUAUUUUUAAAUAGAUUUUCUCAGGGGUGACUGAGUGGGCUGAGGCAGAGGGGGCAGUGAGAUGGAGCAGACCCCAGCCCUGCAGCUGGGCUGUGGGCUCCUCCUUUGCCUGCAAAUCCAGAGGUUCUGUACAGUUUGUCACCUGUCAGUGCCCUUUGCUACUGUUUCUCUUUGUUUAUUAAAUGUGUUUGAAUAACAGUUGAGAUGCUGCAAUUAAUUUGUUUUUCCAAUAAAGAUUCUGAAAUGGGUUUGAAGCAUA